AUGGAACUUGUGUUUCCCGGAGCCAGUGGGAGUGAGCCUGAUCUCCAAUGCUCAUCCCUCAACCCAGCUGAUGUCCAAGGGAAAAUUGUUUUAUGCGUGGUUGCUGGCCUGGGCAACAUAGACAAAGGGGAGAGAGUAAUAGCUGCUGGAGGAGGAGGAAUGAUAAUCAUGAAUAAUGUACAACACGGAUUCACGACAUUGGCAGAGCCUCAUGUUCUUCCUGCUUCUCACAUUAGUUAUGUCGAUGCGCAAAAACUAGUAGCCUAUGUACAAACAACUGGACAACCAAAAGCAUCAAUUAUCUUCAAAGGCACACAAUUUGGAGCCUCUCCGGUUCCUUCCGUAGCUUAUUUCUCUGGAAGAGGCCCUAGUUAUUAUAAUGGAGGCAUCAUAAAGCCAGACAUCAUCGCACCAGGAGUGAAUAUCCUUGCAGCAUGGCCUGCACAAGUCGGGCCUAAUCCGACAGAUGACACAACCUCAACCUUCAACUUCAACAGCGGCACGUCCAUGGCCACUCCUCAUGUCUCCGGCAUUGUUGCUGAUCUCAAAAAGAAUCACCUUGAUUGGUCCCCGGCGAUGAUCAAGUCAGCAAUCAUGACAACAACCUACGUUGGUAAAGACGAUAAUAACCCGAUAGUUGAUGAUGCUUUCUCAUACCAACCGGCUAGUUACUUCGCCAUGGGUGCCGGACAUGUCAAUCCAGAAAGAGCUAAUGACCCCGGACUUGUUUAUGACAUUGAACCAUUGGAUUACAUCCCAUAUCUUUGCGGGAUGUACCCUACAAACAUUGUCAAAAUCAUUGUCCGAAAACAAUGGAUCGAUUGUGACAUGAUUCAAUCGAUAACAGCGGCAGAAUUGAACUAUCCUUCAAUUGGUAUGAGGAUGCCAAUAACAAAAGGCUCGACAUUUGUCAUUACAAGAACACUCACAAAUGUUGGUCCUACAGAGGUUUAUGCUCUAGACAUCAAGAAGAUGCCUGAGGGAGUUGAUAUUAGAGCAGACACAUAUAGUUUGUCAUUUUCAGCUCUACAUAAGAAGCAGAGUUUUCGGCUUCAGUUUACAAGCACUGGUAAUGCACAGAGUGGGCAAGUCUCUGAAGGAUAUCUCAUUUGGAGUUCUACAACUCAUGUUGUCAGGAGUCCAAUUUCAGUUAUAUACUACUGA